AUGUCCUUUGACAAAGAAAAAGAUCCAACUAUGAAUGGCAAUGCUGGAUAUCCUCCUCUUCAGGGGCAUCUGCAACAGCAGCAGCAAUUCUACAACAAUGGCGCGUCCCCUCAGAACAACUCGGGAGCGUCCUCUCCUUCUGUGUAUCACACGAUGCCACUUUAUGCUAGCAACGGGUUCAGUCGCUAUCCACAGCAACAGCAAUCGCAAUCGCAACAGCCUCAGCAGCAGCAGCAGCAGCAGCAGCAGCAGCAAAAGCAGACAAGCACCAUCAUGUCUGAUAGCAGCAACACUGUCCAUGUCACACGUCAACUCACCUACGCACAAAACUCGCGUCAGUCAUCCUCGCCUCACCAUCAUGCUCGCACGGCCGCUGCUAUGGCUCGCUCCACACCUGUCGCUUCCACUGUAACUAUCACGGAUCCCAACAAUCCCAACAAGAUCUUUAACCGCACCGACAAUAUAAACACAUCCAGCAGCAACUCGAGCGAAAAACAGACCUGGACUACGUUGGACAUUGGCGGUAUGGGAUUGAAGCAGAUCUCACCCACCCUCUGCUCAUACAAAUUCUUGACCGUGCUCUACAUGAACCACAAUAACCUCACUAAACUCACCAGUGACAUUGCCAAGCUCGUUAAUCUGAGAACAUUGGAUUGCUCAGGCAACAAACUAUCUGCAUUACCACCUGAAUUAGGCCUGCUUGUCAAUUUGCGUGAUCUGCUCUUAUUUGACAAUAACAUCACCAGUUUACCGAACGAGUUGGGCAUGUUGUAUCAGUUGGAAAUGUUGGGCUUGGAGGGAAAUCCUAUUCAGUCGGAUAUAAAGAACAUUUUGAUGAAAGAAGGGACGCAGGCUGUCAUCAUGUCGUUGAGAGAAAAUGCACCAGUUGGCUUACCACCACCUCAUCGCGAAUGGAUCACUAUUGAAAACGACACUACAGAAAACGAUCCCGACAAGUUCACAGUAUUGUGCUACAACAUUCUCUGCCAAAAGUAUGCAACUAGCCAAGCCUAUGGUUAUACGCCCUCAUGGGCUUUGAAUUGGGACUAUCGCAAAGAGCUGAUCAUCUCAGAGGUUCUCAGUUACAAUGCCGAUAUUGCCUGUUUGCAGGAAAUUGCCAUGAAGCAGUAUGAAGGUGCUUUGGGUGACGCUUUCAAGGAGCGUGGUGACUAUGAUGGCGUAUUCUUUCCAAAGACCCGUGCAAAGACAAUGGCUGCAAACGAAAGACGAGAAGUGGAUGGUUGUGCCAUCUUUUACAAGGCAUCCAAGUAUAACCUCAUUGAACAUCACAUUUUGGAAUACAAUCAGAGGGCGCUUCAACGAUCUGAUUUCAAACAAAGCGACGAUAUCUACAAUCGUGUCAUGACAAAGGACAACAUUGCUGUCAUGGUUAUCCUCGAGAACAAGGAAACACUAGCUCGUAUCUUGGUCGUGAAUUCACACAUCUUUUGGGAUCCACAGUUUGCAGAUGUCAAGCUGGUGCAAGUGGGCAUGAUGAUGGAAGAGAUUGAGAAUUUUGCCAGCAAGCAUCUGUCGCCUGCACCUGGAUCAGCAGGGCCAACCUAUGAGUCCAUCAACAUGCUGCCAACAAUCAUCUGUGGUGAUUUCAAUUCCGUGCCUGAAUCAGGUGUUUAUGAACUGCUUUCAAAGGGCACCUUGGCCAAGGAUCAUCCUGAAUUUGGAAACCAUUCAUACGGAUCCUUCACUUCGGAGGGCAUAUCACACAAAUUGGCUUUAAAGAGUAGUUACAGUCAAGUGGGUGAAUUAGAUGUUACAAACUAUACUCCUGGGUAUAAGGGCACUUUGGAUUAUAUAUGGUAUACCAGUAAUACAUUAGACGUCAUGUCCUUGUUGGGCGGUGUCAGCCAAGAUUAUCUCGACAAAGUGGUUGGAUUCCCUAAUCCUCACUUCCCUUCAGACCAUAUCCCUUUGAUGACAGAGGUCAGACUCAAAUCGCCUCGUCGCGAAAAGAUGGAAGAGCCUAACUUUGGCUUUACAUCUUCAUUCAAACGAUAG